GGGAUUGGGUAGAACAUGAAUCGUAGGGUGCGUAGGAAGCUGAUUUGUAGAAAAGGGAAGGAGAAGCUGAUUUUGCCAAGCUACCUUGAAAUUGAAUGUGAGAUAGCUGAUUUGGAUUUGAAACAGACAGUGGAUUGGACUUGUUUGCCUGAUGAUACAGUCAUUCAGCUGUUCUCUUGUUUGAAUUAUCGUGACCGGGCGAAUUUGUCAUCGACGUGUAGAACAUGGAGAGUUCUUGGUUUAUCUUCGUGCUUGUGGACUUCGUUUGAUCUUCGAGCGCAUAAAAUUGAUGCUGCAAUGGCUUCUUCCCUUGCUUCUAGAUGCAAUAAUCUUCAGAAGCUUAGGUUUCGUGGAGCAGAGUCGGCCGAUGCGAUAAUUCUUCUUCUUGCGAAGAAUUUGCGUGAAAUAAGCGGUGAUUACUGUCGAAAAAUUACUGAUGCUACACUUUCUGCCAUUGCAGCUCGACAUGAGGCGCUUGAAAGCCUCCAGCUUGGGCCAGAUUUCUGUGAGAGGAUUAGUAGUGAUGCUAUAAAAACAAUAGCCAUUUGUUGUCCUAAGUUGAAAAAGCUUAGGCUUUCUGGAAUUAUAGAUGUCAAUGCUGAGGCUCUGAAUGCUUUAUCAAAGCAUUGCCCAAAUUUGCUCGAUAUUGGGUUCAUCGAUUGUUUGAAGAUAGAUGAGAUGGCCCUUGGAAAUGUAGCAUCGGUUCGUUUUCUUUCGGUUGCAGGUACCACAAAUAUGAAGUGGGGUGCGGUUUCACAUCAGUGGCACAAGCUGCCUAAUUUGAUUGGUUUAGAUGUCUCACGAACGGAUGUUGGUCCUGUUGCUGUAUCAAGAUUAAUGUCGUCAUCUAAGAGCUUAAAAAUCUUGUGUGCCUUCAAUUGUUCGGUUUUAGAAGAAGAUGCUGGCUUCACUGUCAGCAAAUAUAAAGGCAAAUUAUUGCUUGCCCUUUUCACCGAUGUUGUGAAGGAAAUAACUUCUUUAUUUGUCGAUACUACAAAGAAAGGUGAAAAUAUGUUGUUAGAUUGGAGAAAUUUGGAGAAUAAAAAUAAGAGUUUGGACGAGAUAAUGAUGUGGAUCGAGUGGAUAUUAUCUCAUAAUCUCCUGCGUAUCGCUGAGAGCAAUCAGCACGGUCUGGAUAAUUUUUGGCUUAAUCAAGGAGCAGCAUUAUUACUUAGUUUGAUGCAGAGUUCACAAGAAGAUGUUCAAGAAAGGGCAGCAACAGGCCUUGCAACUUUUGUUGUCAUCGAUGACGAAAAUGCUAGUAUCGACUCUGGAAGGGCAGAAGAAGUUAUGCGGUGUGGUGGAAUACGUCUCCUCCUAAAUUUGGCUAAGUCUUGGAGGGAAGGGCUCCAAUCCGAGGCAGCAAAGGCCAUAGCAAACUUGUCCGUGAACUCUAAUGUUGCAAAGGCUGUAGCCGAAGAAGGUGGAAUCGAUAUUCUUGCUGGUCUUGCAAGAUCCAUGAACAGGCUCGUUGCAGAAGAGGCUGCUGGAGGAUUGUGGAAUCUUUCGGUUGGCGAGGAACACAAGGGUGCGAUUGCUGAGGCUGGCGGAGUAAGAGCUUUAGUUGAUUUGAUAUUUAAAUGGUCUUCUGGUGGUGAUGGAGUUCUUGAACGUGCUGCGGGUGCACUAGCAAAUUUGGCAGCUGACGAUAGGUGUAGUACUGAAGUUGCUUUAGCCGGUGGCGUGCAUGCUUUGGUGAUGCUUGCUCGCAAUUGCAAGUUCGAAGGAGUGCAAGAACAGGCAGCUCGCGCAUUGGCAAAUUUGGCUGCCCACGGUGAUAGCAACACAAACAACUCUGCUGUUGGACAAGAGGCAGGUGCACUUGAAGCACUUGUCCAACUCACACAUUCUCCUCAUGAAGGUGUCAGGCAAGAAGCUGCUGGAGCCCUAUGGAACUUAUCAUUUGAUGACAGAAAUAGAGAAGCGAUUGCAGCUGCAGGUGGUGUCGAGGCAUUGGUUGCUCUAGCACAAUCUUGUUCAAACGCAUCCCCGGGUCUUCAGGAAAGGGCAGCUGGUGCUCUGUGGGGAUUGUCGGUUUCGGAAGCGAACAGCAUUGCUAUUGGUCAGCAAGGGGGCGUUGCGCCGUUAAUUGCUUUAGCACGCUCAGACACCGAAGAUGUUCACGAGACUGCUGCUGGAGCGCUUUGGAAUCUUGCCUUUAACCCAGAUAACGCCCUUUGCAUUGUGGAGGAAGGCGGUGUUCCAGCCUUAGUUCAUCUUUGUUAUGCAUCAGUUUCGAAAAUGGCUCGCUUCAUGGCUGCGUUGGCGUUAGCUUACAUGUUCGAUGGAAGAAUGGACGAAUGUGCCUUACCAGGAAGCUCAUCAGAAGGCAUUUCCAAGAGUGUGAGCUUAGAUGGGGCUAGAAGGAUGGCAUUAAAGAACAUUGAAGCCUUUGUCCAAACGUUUUCAGACCCACAAGCAUUCGCCUCUGCUGCUGCAUCCUCGGCACCCGCAGCGUUGGUUCAAGUAACAGAACGAGCUCGUAUUCAAGAAGCGGGCCAUCUUCGAUGCAGUGGAGCUGAAAUUGGAAGAUUUAUUACAAUGCUUCGAAAUCCAUCACCUACACUAAAAGCAUGUGCAGCAUUUGCUCUUUUACAGUUUACGAUCCCAGGGGGUCGGCAUGCCUUACACCAUGCAAGCCUUAUGCAGAAUGCAGGAGCAUCGAGAGCCCUGCGUACGGCAGCUGCAGCAGCAACUGCUCCAUUGCAAGCCAAGAUCUUUGCUAGAAUUGUUCUUAGAAACUUAGAGCAUCACAACAUUGAAUCUUCCCUUUAAUGACAAGUUCAAUAUAAAUCUCCAACAGAUGCUGACUUCUUGUGCAACUCAUCUCAUGGAGCUUAAAUGAGCUGCAUGGCAUGCCCGACCGAACCAGUCGCGCUUGUAAAUGCCCCAUUAAUCAUAUACCGAGUUUCUGUUGCCAAGUAGUUCACAAACUAUGUGGUUCGCCUUCUCAGCUUCAAUGUUACUUCCUGGUGUACAACUUUUAUCAGGCAUCAAAAAGGUCGUUUUCGAAGCAUGUUCUUCCUGUAUGCUCGGUCCCAUUCUAGUAGAGUUCAUAUAUACCGACGGUACUUUAUGCAGGGAGUCGAAAAGAAUCACGUUACCUUGAAACCUUCUUUUCUUUCUUUUUUUUUUUUUUUUUUUUUUUUUUUUUUUUUUUUGUUAAUAUUGGUUUUGAUGAUAUUUUGCUUGUAAUGAUAGAAGUUCUAAAUAUGCUAAAGAUUGUACAAUGUUUAGCUCUCAUUUUUGCAGUUGGAGUGGUUGAAAAUGAAUUGAGGAUGUUUAGUUACUCAACUUUAUUUAAUUAAAUGUCUAUCCAUUUGAAGGUGGAGUUGUUUAAUAAA